GUGGGCCGAUAACUUCAGCGCGGCCGGCUGCAGCGGGACGGAGGAGCACGGCUUCCAGCACCCCUUCCUGCAGGCCGUGGGCAUGUUCCUGGGGGAAUUUUCCUGCCUGGGGGUGUUUUACCUGCUGGUGUGGAGGGAUCGGUGGAGGCCGGAGCCCAGCAUGGCCCCGUCGCAGCCCUUCAGCCCGCUGCUCUUCCUGCCCCCUGCCCUCUGCGACAUGACGGGGACCAGCAUCAUGUACGUGGCCUUGAACAUGACUAGUGCCUCCAGCUUCCAGAUGCUGCGAGGAUCCGUCAUCAUCUUCACCGGGCUCCUCUCCGUGGCCUUCCUGGGCCGCAAGCUGGAGCUGAGCCAGUGGCUGGGCAUCCUGGUCACCAUUGUGGGGCUGGUGGUGGUGGGGCUGGCUGACCUGCACAGCUCCCAUGACCAAAAACGCAAGCUCAGCGAGGUGAUAACCGGCGACCUGCUCAUCAUCAUGGCACAGGUGAUCGUCGCCAUCCAGAUGGUGCUGGAGGAGAAGUUUGUCUACAAACACGACGUGCAUCCGCUGCGGGCCGUCGGCACCGAAGGUUUCUUCGGCUUUGUCAUCCUGGCCCUGCUGCUGGUGCCCAUGUACUACAUCCCGGCGGGCAGCUUCAGUGGGAACCCUCGGCGGACUCUGGAAGACGCCCUUGAUGCCUUCUGCCAGAUCGGCCACCGGCCCCUCAUCGCCCUGGCCCUGCUGGGUAACAUCAGCAGCAUCGCCUUCUUCAACUUCGCCGGCAUCAGCGUCACCAAAGAGAUCAGUGCCACCACCCGCAUGGUGCUGGACAGCCUCCGCACCCUCGUCAUCUGGGCCGUCAGCCUGGCCGUGGGCUGGGAGACCUUCCACGGCCUGGAGAUCCUGGGAUUUGGAGUGCUGCUGGCAGGCGCUGCACUGUACAAUGGC